AUGAUCCUCACGCGCAAUUGCCUGUGCGUCUCCAGGCGUAUCGCGAUGUGUGGUCGCAGCAAGAAGAGCGCAUCACCCGCAGUCCAACAAAACAUUGUCAAUUUCAUCUCAGCCGCCAGUGCAUCUCCUGACGAGACAAAAUUCGCCAUACCCACUGGCCUGAUCAUUGCAGGGCCGAGUAUCGCAUCCCAUGGACCCUUUUUCAAACGCCUUGGCCAGAGGAUCAAGAACGACACGGACAGCACAUAUGUCGUGUUGACCUCAGCAGAAAGUCCUAACCUCAAAACCUUGCUCAAGAAUCUUAUCAAGAAGGUAACCUCACACGUGGAAGAUGAUGACGAGGAUGAUAUGGAUCGGCCUUCUACAUCAUCAAGACAUGGGCCGAAGCUACUGAAUUAUGAUCUUGGCCAUGUUCAGGAAUGGCGCAAGAAGAACCGUGUUUCGAGUAUUGUCGUUGCGCUUCAGGAUAGCGAGGCUUUCGAUGCCGCCCUUCUUGCUGAUAUAGUCGAUCUUUUCCAUUCGUGGCUCGACCGUCUGCCUUUCGUCUUGCUAUUUGGCAUUGCUACCUCGGCGGAGAGCUUCGAGGACCGCCUCUCUGGCAAGUCUAUGCGCUAUCUUGAGGGCGAGAAGUUUGAUGUCACUCAGUCCGACGAGAUCAUCGAAGAACUCUUUAAAGCAACAGUUGCUAACACAAACGUUCGCUUGCACAUCGGGCCCACGAUCUGUCGCCGCAUGCUGGACCGUCAGAAAGACCAUGUACAGAACGUUCAAGACUUCUGCGACGGUCUCAAGUACGCUUAUAUGUCGCACUUCUACGCCUGCUAUCCCAGUAUCUUCUUUCGCAGAGACAUAGCGCUCAGCGAUUUCCCUGCAGAUGCAUUCGAAGCUGUGCGCAACCUGCCCUCCUUUCGAAGGAUGAUCGAAGAGAAGCUUGAGAAUGGGGAGGCACUCAAUGUCCACGUAUUGCUUGAAACCGACGAGAACUUGUUUCUUGAGAUCGCCCGGUCCUUACGGAACGGGUCACAAGCCCUGUCGACCUUGAGUCACGCUUCCCAGGUACUGUUCAGCAUUCGUGCGGCACUUCAGAUGUCUCCGACCGUUCGAUUCUCAUCAAUCUGGACACGCGCGGCAUCUGGAGAUAUGGCAGGUUCGCCUCUCCUCCGUGAGACGAUGUUAUCUGUCAAGAAGAUCCCGUCCGACAAAUUCGUUGAACUACUUGCAGCUAUGACAAGCCUCCAGGGGGAGUAUUUCUCCAUGGAAUUGAGUCCUUUUCAAAAAGAGCUCAACAGCCUGGUCGAGAAAAACGACGCCUCCACUCCCCUUCGGACACAGCAUGACGUCCGUAAUGACAGUCUCAGGACCACAGUGGUCGCCCAGAAAGUCCUACUCAGCAAGCACAAGGCGGCACUCUCGGAACAAGACAAGGCAUAUUCGGACUUGGUCGGUCGCUUCCACGACGAACUCGAUGCUUACUUCGCGUCUGCGUUCAUCGACCCCCAGACACUGUUUCUGUCAGAAGUGUUGAUCUACGACCUCAAAUCUCCGCAUACAGAGGUCUUUCAACCAAAGCCACGCUUUGCCAUUGAGCGCGCAUUGGCGUCACCGCACGACUAUCUUGGGUGCGAAUGCUGCAGCGGCGUCGAAGGAAACGAGGCUGCGCUAUCAGCUACGCAGCCCGCCACUGCUAUCGUGUAUCAGAUGUACUUGGAAUCUGGCGCACUUAUGAACGUGAGCGAUCUGUGGCAGGCUUUCAACGCAAUCGCUGGAACUGGUGAUGAAGACGACGAGUCAAAAACAAUGGCUCUGUUUCAACGCGCUCUCGCCGAACUCAAAUUCCUCGGCCUUCUCAAGCCCAGCAGGAAGAAGACAGACCACGUGUCUAAAAUCAUGUGGAAGGGCCUAUGA